CAAAUCGAACAAUUCUCAGCUCAGCUCCGAAAGCCCUAAUUUACAUCGAUUCCCCUCUUUCUCUCUUUCAACCUCCGUCGAUCUCUUCCUUCCGUUUCCGCCUCAUACUUUUCGAUUGGGUUCAAUUCUAAUGAGGCCGGCCGGGAUUCCAGCUCCGGGCUACGGCGGCGGCGGCGGCGGCGAUAUGCAGCGGGAGAACCCUCCCUCGAACAAUCUAUGGAUCGGUAACGUGUCGCAGGACGUUAGUGAGGCUGAGCUGAAGGCGCUAUUCGAGAAAUACGGCAAAAUCGAUAGCGUGACGACGUACUCAGCUCGCAACUACGCAUUCCUGCAGUUCAAGGAAAUGGAGGAGGCGAGAUCCGCGAAAUUGGCUCUCCAGGGCUUCUAUUUCCAUGGAAGUUCCUUAAAAAUCGAGUUUGCAAAACCGGCUAAACCUUGUAAAAGCUUGUGGGUGGCUGGAAUAAGUCAAUCUGUUUCCAAAGAAGAACUGGAGAAUGAAUUCCUCAACUUUGGAAAAAUCCAGGAAUUCAGGUUCCUCAGAGAUCGGAGCACUGCUUAUGUUGAUUAUGUUGCACUGGAGGAUGCUACCCAGGCACUGAAGACAAUGAAUGGGAAACAGAUUGGUGGGGCUCAUAUACGUGUGGAUUAUCUCAGGUCACAGUCUUCCAAAAGAGAGCUUGGUCCAGAUGCUCCUGGUAGGAAUAUGUGGAUUGGACAUGAUUCCAUGAGCAAUUAUUCUGACCCUAAUCUUGCUGGGACCAAAAGGAAAAAUCAAUUCCUUCCAGCUGGAUUGCAAUAUGGAGAUGCACCGCAUAGUAAAGUUCUAUGGAUAAGAUAUCCUCCUGCCGUUGUUAUUGAAGAAGAUAUGCUCCAUAAUGCCUUCAUUCUAUUUGGGGAAAUAGAGAGGAUUAAGACAAUUAGUGACAAGAGCUGUGCUUUCGUAGAGUUCAGAAGUGUCGAAGAAGCAAGGCGUGCCAAAGAAGGAUUACAGGGAAAACUCUUCAAUGAUCCCAGGAUAUUAAUUGAGUACUUUAGUGGAGAAUUCCCUGGAGGGAGAGGACAAUUUAGUGAAUAUGCACUUCAACCAGGUCAGAUGGACAUUCUUGGUCUUAACCAUACCGCUUUACUAGGCAAUAAUCCUGGAAUUCCAUCCCUUGGAAUUCGAGGAGCGGAGUUAUAUGUGAGGCCACCCUUAGGGCCUCAUAGUACGUUUGAAUUACAGAACCCUAGUCCCAAAACAUUGAUGGGAGGGCCGUCUUGGAAUAGGUUAUCUCCUCCACCUGGAAUAGUUUCUUCUCCGUCAAUAGGUUUCAAUAUACCAAACAGGUCCGGGCCUGGUACAAUGGACGUUUUUGAUGCUAACCAUUUUCAAAGGGACUCCAAAAGGUCAAGGUAUGAGACAGCUUUACCUUCAGAAAGAGCUGAAUUGGAUGAGCCGUAUGGACUGCCUUUAGCUAGAAGUAGUGGAGCAUCUGGUUCUAUGACAAGGGGCAUGAUUGGUGGGUCCGGCCAGCGUCAUGCUGAACAUGAUUGCAUAUGGAGGGGUCUUAUUGCAAAGGGUGGCACACCUGUUUGUCAUGCUCGAUGUGUUGCUCUGGGAGACGGCCUUGCUGCUGAUCUCCCUGACGUGGUUAAUUGCUCUGCGCGAACUGGAUUGGACUUGCUGAGCAAACAUUAUGAGGAUGCUACUGGGUUUGAUAUUGUGUUCUUUGUACCUGACAGUGAGGAGGAUUUUGCUUCGUAUACAGAGUUCUUGAGAUACCUGGGUUCAAAAGACAGGGCAGGAGUUGCGAAGUUAGAUGAUGGGACAACCUUAUUUCUAGUGCCUCCAUCUGAUUUCUUGACUAAAGUUCUAAAAGUUUCAGGGCCGGAACGUCUUUAUGGAGUUGUUCUCAAAUUUUCUGAUGUAGCUCUUAGCAGCGCUCCCACUAAUCCGCAGUUAAGUCAUCCUCAGUAUGCAAAUCCGCACAAAUUGACUGUUCCACAUACUGGAUAUGCUCCUAAUCAAUCAGAGAAAUGGCCUUUGGAUAACUGUAGAGUUCUCCCUGAGGAUCCAAACAUGCUUCCAAAAGUUCCUACUCCUGUAACUGGCUCUUUUCCUGCACACUCUGUUCCCCCAGCUACAGUUGCAACACAAUCUGGCUUAGCUUUGACACCUGAACUCAUUGCAACUCUGACAUCACUACUUCCUCCAAACAAUGCUUCUUCUGGUUUACAAACUGCAUCAUCACUGCAGACCACCUCUACGUUGGGUGCAGCAUCACAUGUUACUGGUGGUCCUGACAAUGUGGCUCCCUGGAAGCAUGAGCAGCAGUUGGUAGGUCAGGCCAGUCACCUCUUGCAACAGCUAGGUAGCCAGAUCAACCCACAGUUGCACCAUCUGCAGGCAGCUCAAACUGCUCAUGCAGGUGCAAAUGCAGCUAACCAGUUCCAUCAAAUGUACAUUCCAAACAGCCAGAUGAAUGAUCACCCAAUCAAUAUGGCGACUCAAGGUGCUGCUUCAUCUAAACCAGUAACACCUGUUUUUUCCUCGCAAAGUGGACAUGAUAUCAACCCAUACUAUCUACAAGGGGUUUCUCAGGAUGUCUUGAUGGGUCAGGGGAUGGAUAAUGGAAAAGAUGCUCAGAGGUUGUAUAACCCAUCUGUUGUCCAGCAACCGGGUUAUCCUAUGGCUUCACCGAAUCAACUUAGUGGUGUUCCCCAGCCACAGCCGUAUAUGCCAUUACCUUCUUCCAGAAUAGAGGCAGCACAUCAAAGUCAGCCGCCUCAGGGUGCUCCUCCAUCUGGGGCAACCCAGGAAAGUGCCGAAACAGAGGCUGACAAAAAUGAACGUUACAAGAGUACACUUCUGUUUGCAGCUAAUCUUCUCUCCCGAAUACACCAACCAUCGGGUAAUCAACCGGAGCAGGGUGCAGGGAGUCAUUGAAUGCCCUUUCUUCAUCAGAAAAAUUAAAGUGGGUAAACUGUGAUGUGGGUGCAUCACCAGUCGAAGCAGCCAAGGAAUUGUGGAUGGCGCCAUUAUUCAUUCCUUUUUCCCUCUCGUUUUGUUGGCUUCAUAGGAGCUUUACUUUUGCCAUUUUCUUAAUUUUUCUCUCCCCUUUGGUAGUUUGUACUACUAUAAUAUAACUGGCUUAUAUGCCCGGUAACUGCUAUCUUGUAGGAAAAAUCAUGGACUGCUUUUUCUUUUUAUGUGAGUUUCUACAUUUUCUCUUUCA